AUGCUCGAAAUCCGGGACAUCGAUGCAUGGACCGGCAAAGAGGAUAUCGCUGACUGCAUCGCAAGAGAGACUUCAAUUGCCAAGGAGAACAUUAACGUGGUCAACCUAAGAGCUGCCUAUGGGGGCACGCAGACAGCACUGAUGCUUCUGCCCACGAGACAAGCACGCGACGUUGUUGAACAAGGCCGGCUGAAGAUCAGUGUCGUCAGCUGCAGGGUACGACAAGCAGAAAGAAAAAGUGCUAGAUGUUUUAGGUGCUUUGCUCACGGGCACGAGACCAAGACAUGCCAGGGAGCAGACCGCAGCAAGAACUGUAGGAGAUGUGGAACAGCAGGGCACUUGGCUAAAGACUGCAAAGCGGAGGCGGCAGAGGCUACGGCUUUCAGAUCUAUGCUGGAGAAGGAGUCGAAGGAAACCCGGACAGGAACUGGGGAAGGCGAGGCGUCGUCAUCUGGUUACGAUCUGCAAUGA